UGGUAAAAGUGAUAUUACAAAAUUAGGUGUUGACUCAUUCCCUGAAGAACACUUAAUACUGUUUUGCCAUUGAUCAUCAGCAAAGCAGAGUACAUGCAUCGACAAGAAUGACUGACUGAAGGCCGAUCAAAUGAUGUCUCAAGAAUCAGUUUAUAUUAGACAAAGUCUGCAUCACAGGGUGCUGAUAGCUGCACUGAUUGUAUUAACCCAAGACCUGAGCAGCGGAGGAGGCGCACAGGCAUGGACCUACAACUACAGCGUUGCUCCAAACAGGAGAUGGCAUGAGGCACGCCAGUGGUGCCAGCAGCACUUCACAGACAUGGUGACAGUCCACAGCCAGGAGGAGAAUGACUUCAUCAACAAUCUGCUGCCAUUUAACCCAAAAUAUUACUGGAUAGGAGUUCGCAAAGUGGAUGGAGAGUGGACCUGGGACGGAACUGAUAAGAACGUGCCAGAGGACGUUCAGAAUUGGGCGCCAGGGGAGCCAGAUAACAUACAUGGUCAGGACUGUGUGGAGAUUUACAUCAAGAGGGAAAAAGACACAGCCAAGUGGAACAAUGAGAAAUGCCGCAAUAAGAAGGGAACUGCCUGCUACUCUAACUCUUGCACUCAGGAUUCUUGCAGUGCCCAUGCAGACUGUGUGGAGACUGUAGGGAACUUUACCUGCCUGUGCCAUCCUGGUUUCACUGGGCCACGCUGUGAAGAGGCAAUCGCAUGCAAACCCUUGCUGGAUCCAGAACGAGGUUCUCACUACUGUUUCCAUCCCUAUGGGUCCAAUCGUUUCAACUCUUCCUGCCGUUUCCACUGUGAACUUGGCUUUCGCUUGGUAGGCGUGCCGCAACUGUUUUGCCAAACCAGUGGAUAUUGGAGCCACCCUGUUCCUCUGUGUCAAGUUGAACAGUGUCCCGCUCUGAACCACACCAACAUCAGUGGAGGUAGCAUGAACUGUACCCACCCCAUCACAUCAUACAGCUACAACUCCACCUGUGAGGUCAGGUGUGAUGAAGGCUAUGAGCUCAGUGGAGAGGCCCAGAUACGCUGUGACCACACUGGCCAGUGGACAGCCAGUGUCCCAGUUUGUACAGUAAAAAAGUGCCCCGCCAUUUUCUUUCCUGUUACGGGCAAAAUGACAUGUGUGGACGCCGUGGAGCCAUUCUCCUUUGGCUCGCUGUGUAACUUCACCUGCCAGGAAGGCUACCACCUCACCGGCGACCACACGCUCACCUGUCUGGCUUCAGGACAAUGGAGCAGAGCUCAGCCUACAUGCACAGUGGUACAGUGCACCAGUCUACAGGCUCCACCCCAUGCCUCUGUGCAAUGCCAAGGCCCUUUAGGAGUGCACAGCUAUGGCUCAAUAUGCUCUGUGCAAUGUGAAGAGGGAUUUGAUCUGCUUGGCACAAACAUGACAAAAUGUUCUCCACAAGGAAACUGGAGUCACACACUUCCUGUCUGCCAGGCCAAAAAGUGCACUCCCUUAGAUCUCCCUCAUGGCUCCCUCUCCUGCUCUGGCCCUAAUGGUUUCUUCAGUUUUGGUUCUCGGUGCACGGCAACCUGUGACGAGGGUUUUCUCCUGAAUGGGACGGCCACUGCUGAGUGCACUUCUCUGGGCACAUGGAGUGCAGACAUAACGCAUUGCUUGGCUAAAAGAUGUCCAACUCUUAACUCUCCUACCUACGGCUCCUUAUUUUGCUCUGAUCCCCACGGAGAGUUCAGUUUUGGUUCUCAGUGCACGUCAUCCUGCGAGGAGGGCUUUCUCCUGAAUGGUACAGCUUACACGGAGUGCACCUCUGUGGGCACAUGGAGUGCAGAUAUCCCACGUUGCUUGGUAAAGAGAUGUCCCAAUCUCAGUUCUACCCCGCAUGGCUCUUUUUUCUGCUCUAAUCCCCAUGGGGAGUUCAGUUUUGCUUCUCGGUGCACCUCAACCUGUGAGGAGGGUUUUGUCCUAAAUGGAACCGCUGACACUGACUGCACUUUUCUUGGCACGUGGAGCAGAGACAUCCCACGUUGUCUAGCAAAGAGAUGUGCCACUCUGAGCUCUCCCCCUCAUGGCUCUUUAUCUUGCUCUGAUCCCCAUGGAACCUUCAGUUUUGGUUCUCGGUGCACGUCAAAAUGUGAGGAGGGCUUUCUGCUAAAUGGAACAGCUGACACAGAGUGCACCUCUGUGGGCGUGUGGAGCACAGACAUCCCACAUUGUUUUGCCAAGAGAUGUCCCGCUCUCAAACCUCCUUCCCGUGGCUCUUUUUUCUGCUCUCAUCCUCAUGGAGAAUUCAGUUUUGGUUCUCAGUGCACGACGACCUGUGAGGAAGGUUUUGUCCUGAAUGGCACUGCUGACACUGAGUGCACCUCCCUGGGCACCUGGAGCAGAGAAAUAACCCCCUGUCUGGCACGUUCAUGCCCCCUGUUGGCUAAACCUCCACAACAUGGGAGGAUGAACUGCAGCCAUCCAUACUCCCCUUUCAGCUACAACUCCCACUGUGACUUUGAAUGCCAUGAGGGUUUCUGGCUGAGAGGAACACCAACUAUAACAUGCAACAACUCAGGCCACUGGAGUCAGGAUCUGCCCACCUGCCAGCCGGUACAGUGCGACACCAUCCGCAAUUUGUCUUUACCCCUGUCUAUGAACUGCUCCCACCCUCUGGGGAAUUUCAGCUUUGGCUCUCAGUGUCUUUUUACCUGUGAAGAUGGAUUCUUCCUGAAUGGUACUGACUCCCUGCUUUGCUCCUCUGCUGGGUUUUGGAGUGACAGUCUGCCUAGCUGCAUAGGGGAAGGUAUGCCUGUGGGAGCUGCCAUGUUGAUGAAUAGUGGAGUCGGGGUAAUUAUUGUUGUUCUGCCACUUGUCCUGAUAGGACUGGUUUUGUUGCUGCUUUUGAAGUUGAAGUUGAUUAAGUUUAAGAGAAGAGAACACACAAUCAUGACUGAGGUGCCAUCCUGGGAAGAACGAGAGAAUCCAGCAUUUGAGUUUUAAUUUCUUUUUCUUUAUUGAGUUUCUUUUCUUUUCUUUUCUUUUUUUUUUGCAUAUUGGAACUUAAUGCUUGCUGUUAUGAAGCUCGGUAGUCUUUGUUUGAUAUUGCCAAAAGAUUCCAGUUGCAUUACAGCUUCACAUUAAUUGUGAUAUUAAUUUCCACUCAGACAUUUUUUAAAAUUAAAAAAGCUUUGCCUUUUGUUUUUCUUAAAGAGCCCACAACCAUGCAUGGCAGACGUACAGUAAAGUUUGUGUGCAGCUUUUGCUUUGUUUCCUGCUUGCACAUCCCUUAAAUUGUCUUGUCACUUAAAUGAUCAAUAAAUUAUAACCAUCCUUGCA